AUGGCUGCGAUAGGUAUUGAUUAUGGAACAACAUACAGUGGAGUAUCCGUAUUCUCCAAUGGUGUGUACAACAAUAUCCGAAUGAUUAAUGGGGAAGAGACUAUUCCGAGCAUUGUGGCAUACGCGGAUAGAGAGGAGCCAUAUUUUGGUGUGGAAACUGAGGUGUAUCAGAUUAAUGAUCCAAAAAAUGUGCUAUUUGAUGUCAAGCGGUUUAUCGGACUUGAUCCAGAUCAUCCAAUUAUCACGUCAAGGAGUAAUUACUGGCCUUUCACUAUUCUCAAUACAAACGGAUCAAUUAAAUUGGAAGUGGAGCACUGUGGUGUAACAAAGCAGUACAGCCCGGAAGAAGUAGCCGGAAUGUUUUUGAAAUAUCUGAAAGAGCAGGCUUCGCGUCAUUUGUCCACGACAAUCACUAUGGCGGUUGUUACGGUGCCUACAAUCUUCGAUAGUGAACGACGCGCAGCACUACGAAGAGCUUGCAAAUAUGCCGGCCUGCCAGAUGUUCGGUUACUAAAUGAACCGACAGCAGCUAUCUGGUCCGAUCCGUCCAAUGUGGCCACAAAUGGACAAAGAUUUCUCGUGUACGAUUUCGGAGGUGGAACACUCGAUGUUUCCAUUCAUGAGCUUAACAAUGGUCAUUUCCGAACCAUCGGUGUAGACGGAGAAGAACAUUUGGGUGGUCGUGAUCUGGACAACUUAAUAUGCAGUCAUGUACGACGCCAUUUUGAAACUGCAAACAAGUGCAGUGUAGAGGACGAUAUAAAAGUAUUAGGAAGGCUCAGACAAUAUUGUGAAAAAGCGAAAAGACGAUUGAGUUCCGAAGUGGAAACUUCAAUUGUGAUACCAAAUUUGUACAAUGACAUCACACUACGCAUGACUGUUUCGCAAGCUUGGUUCAACAGGCAAGCCGAUCCACUGUUUCAGAAAACUCUCGAUGUUGUACAACGAGUUUUGGACUCAAGUGACCUUACUGUCGACCAGAUUGAUAAAGUCUUGCUAGUUGGUGGUUCAUCACGGAUUCCACGUGUAAUGGAAUUGUUGAAGAAUAUGUUCACCGAGGAGAAAGUCAGCCGAGUAUUGAACCCGGAUUUGGCAGUCAUGCAAGGGGCAGCUCGAUUUGCGGCUGAAUUUGCAAGUCAUCAGUCGAACAAGUUCAAUCCGUUCAUACUCAGCGAUGUUCACCCGUUUGCAAUCGGGAUAGAAGAUGCGGAGGGUAAGAUGCAGAGAAUUGUGCAGCGAAAUGCACCCAUUCCCUUGUCUGUGAUCCGUUAUGCCACCACGUCCAGAGAUAAUCAGUCCGAAGUGGUCAUCAAAGUGUACGAGGGUAAUAGUGAUCAGGUCGCUAUGAAUCGAUUUCUCGGUGAGUUACGUGUGUCUGAAAUACCAAAUGCUCCUGCUGGGGUUCCGAAGAUACUCGUUACAUUGGAGAUCAGUCAGGAGAGUAUAAUAAAAGCGAAGGCAAAUUUAGAUCAGAAUGGGUCUACUGUUCACGAGUUGGUCAUUCAUAAAUAG